AUGGCUUCAAAAUCUGCCAUUUUACCUCUGUUGAGGCGGGAGGUCCUCCCGGCAUCCGCACGGUCAUGGACAAAGGCUGCAUCGACGAAUUGUGGCCCUCGCUAUUCCACACGGGUUGCGGAGGUCGCCCAGUCUUCGACAAAGAGGAUGCGACGGAAGGACCUCUGGGCUCAACCCGCGGUCAACGGUCAGAGGCGGAACCUGUCUGGAACGGCCGCCAGACGAAAUGCGGCUGCUAGCGAGGAGGCGUUCGAUCCGUCGCAAAUUGAGAGAGAGUCGGAUAAUGUCGAUGUGUGCAUCGUUGGAGGAGGUCCCGCUGGUCUUGCGGCCGCGAUAAAACUCAAGCAGCUUGCAAACGAAGCCGGCAACGAAGACUUUCGUGUUUUGGUGUUGGAAAAGGCCGGCGAAAUUGGAGAUCACAUCGUGUCAGGCAAUGUCUUACAGCCCAGCGCAAUGAACGAGCUCCUCCCCGACUGGCUGUCCGAAGACAAUCCAUCGCGGUUCGAGCAUGCCACGCCCGCAAAGCAGGACAGAAUGCGCUUUCUCACUCAAAAUUCAACGUUCUGGCUCCCAGAGCCGCCGCAAAUGAAUAACCAUGGUAACUACAUUCUCAGCUUGAGCCAGCUUUGCAAGUGGCUUGGUGAGCGCGCGGAGGAAUUGGGUGUUGAGAUAUAUCCUGGUUUUGCUGCAAGUGAAUUGCUUUACAAGCCUGAUGGGUCCGUAAAGGGUGUGGCCACAAACGAUAUGGGCAUUGGGCGUAACGGACAACCAAAGGAUUCGUUCCAGCGGGGGAUGGAGUUUCAUGCUAGGGUAACGUUGCUCGGAGAAGGAUGUCAUGGAAGUUUGACGAAACAAGUUGUCAAAAAAUUCGAUCUACGACGAGAUUGCCAACCACAAACCUACGGUCUCGGGAUCAAAGAGGUCUGGGAAGUGAAGCCCGAAAAUUUCCGGAAAGGUGAAAUCACCCAUUCAAUGGGAUACCCACUACCAUCAGACACCUACGGUGGUUCUUUUAUGUACCACUUCGGAGACAAUCUGGUGGCUGUGGGGUUGGUCGUCGGCCUUGACUAUCCCAACCCGUGGUUGUCGCCCUAUGGUGAAUUCCAGAAAUUGAAACACCACCCCUUGUUUAAGUCAGUGUUGGAAGGAGGAAAAUGUAUCGCGUACGCGGGCCGUGCUUUGGUUGAAGGCGGGUUGCAAUCAGUGCCAAAAUGUGCGUUCCCUGGUGGAGCGCUCAUUGGGGAUAGUGCUGGUUUCAUGAACGUUCCCAAGGUCAAAGGUACCCAUACCUCCAUGCUCUCAGGGAUGUUGGCGGCAAAAGCGACGUUUAAAGCCCUAUCAGGAACAGAAGACACGGGAAGCGUGUUCCUCUAUGAGUAUGAAGACGCUUUGAGAGAAUCUCCGAUCUGGAAAGAGCUUAACGAGGUACGAAAUAUGCGCCCAUCAUUUGGCACUGCGCUCGGUCUGUACGGCGGUAUUUUGUAUUCGGGCCUAGAAGCAUAUCUGUUCAAGGGAAGGGUUCCCUGGACCUUUAACCAUCAUUCAACGGACCCUGCUGCCACAAAACCCGCAUCAGAGUGUCCAAAGAUUGAUUACCCAAAGCCCGAUGGCGUGCUUAGUUUUGAUAUCAUGACUAGUGUCAACCGCACGGGGACAAAUCAUGAAGAGGACCAGCCAGUCCACUUGCAAGUAGAAGACUGGGACAAGCACACAGAUGCGGCGUGGCCCAAAUACCAGGGCGUGGAAAACAGAUUCUGCCCUGCCGGUGUUUACGAAUACAUCGAGGAUCCAUCGAAGCCUCACGGGGAAACCCGCAUGGAUGUCUGUUUACGCGAUUCUGUAUAUAACAUUGAUCCACUGCUUCUCUGGCGCUUCGCAUGCCGGAGUCAGCAUGUUCGGCUGGUAGGCCUUGUGGAAAAGCCUGCCAAAGUUCAUAUCAUCAUUGGUGGCCCUGAAACUCGAUUCGAGCAUCAGGGUGGGCGGAAUUGUACUCUAUAUUGGACGCACGUGGACAGCACUAAAAGUGAGGCUGUGGAUUUCGGCGCCUCCAUUGAAUUCACGACAAUCCAUCCCUCCACCAACCUCACAACACUCCCAAUCCUCAACGGCGACGACACCUGGAUCCGUCGCAAGCUUAUCCGGGAUCUCAUCUCUUUCCGCAUCCAUCUCUGGAGGGCGCGAGUCUAUAUUAAAGUCGAGAAGAAUCCCUCCAUUCCUGGGCGAACUCUCAUCCCGUUUUUGGAAGAAAGACCGUUUUGUCCCUUUGUCCCCCUCCUCAGGAACGCACAGCUUCUUGUUGUCAGCCUGCCCACCAUGAGUGAAGUCUCGUCGACGCGUCUCUAUCUCGGCAAUCUGCCCCGAAAUGACCUGUCUAAAAUUCGUUUUUCCAAACAAAUCAAUACAUCAUGGACCUGGCUUGACCCAUUCUUGGAUUUUUCGUUUGGCCGCGAGAGGCUGACGCACAAGGGCAUCACGUUUGCCUGGACUUUGUCUUUUCCAGUCACCAAGCAGGACGUCGAAGAACACUUCAACCAGCACGGGUCUGGAAAAAUCACGGAUAUCAAACUCAUGAAUGGUUUCGGUUUCAUCGAAUAUGAAGAUGCUAUGGAUGCGCGGGAUGUCGUUCCUGGUGAGGACACUGUUCUGCUUUUCCGCUGGUCUCCUCUUUCCACCACAGGCCAGGACCACAUGGAUUCCGAGUUUUACUGA